AUGGCUACGGGGCGCCGAGACUUCUUGAGCAUGGAGGCUCCGGCCAACUACGUCGCCGGUCUUGGUCGUGGUGCCACUGGAUUUACGACGCGAUCUGAUAUUGGUCCUGCGAAGGAAGGUCCGUCAGAGGAGGCUAUCAAGGCGGCUCUUGCGCGGCGCGAAGCUGCUAUCGCUGCGGGUGAAGUGGACGAUGACGACGAGGAUCGCUUCAAGGACCCCGAGAGCGCAGACAUUGGAUUGUUCUCGAGUGCGCCAUACGAUGCAGACGAUCAGGAAGCGGACAACAUCUACGCAGCUGUGGAUGAAAAGCUAGCACGGCGGACGCAGAAACAGCGAGAAGCAAGGGAGGCCGAGGAGCGGGAGCAGGAACGCAAAGAAGGCUUGGGUGGGAUUCAGAACCAAUUCGCAGAUUUGAAACGUGGUCUUGCGAUGGUUACAGAUGAGGAAUGGGCAGCUCUUCCAGAUGCGACAGACGCUACCGGCAAGAACCGUAAAGCGAGGCAGAAGCUUCGGGAACGCUUCUACGCCGUGUCCGACUCGGUCAUCGCAUCAGCACGCGACUCCACUGGUCUCGACACGUCUGUUUCAGCAGAGGCACCGGCACCGGCGGAUAGCGCUGAUGGAGCGAUGACAAACUUCGUCGAGAUUGGUGCCGCGCGUGAUAAGGUGUUGUCUUUGAAGUUGGAUCAAGCAGGUGCGGAGUCGGUGGCAUCCGGUCUAAGCAGUACGAUUGACCCCAAGGGAUAUCUCACUGGUUUGGGCAACUUGCAACUCAAGAGUGACGCGGAAAUUGGUGACAUCAAGAAGGCACGGCUACUAUUGAAGUCGGUUAUCUCCACCAACCCCAAGCACGCACCCGGAUGGAUCGCUGCAGCACGUCUCGAAGAGCUCGCUGGAAAGCAGGUACAGGCAAGGAAUCUCAUCGCCCAAGGUUGCGAGCUGUGUCCGACAAACGAAGAUAUCUGGCUUGAAGCUGUUCGACUGAAUACAGAAGAGAAUGCGAAGGUGAUCUUGGCUGAAGCGGUUAGUCAUAUUCCACGGAGUGUGAAGCUAUGGAUGAAGGCGAUGCAGUUGGAGAAGGAGGUACUUCCUAAGAAGCGUGUGCUGCGGAAGGCUUUGGAGUUGAUCCCGCAGAGUGUCAAGCUGUGGAAGGAAGCAGUCAACUUGGAAGAGAACCCCGCCGAUGCGCGUAUCCUCUUAGCUCGUGCGACUGAGCUGAUUCCUCUCUCAGUCGAGCUUUGGCUGGCACUUGCACGACUGGAAACGUACGAGAAUGCAAGGAAGGUGCUGAAUAAGGCCCGUUUGGCGGUCAAGACUAGCCAUGAAAUCUGGCUGGCAGCAGCUCGGUUGGAAGAGCAGAAUAAUAACCAUGAGCGCGUGGAGAUGAUCAUCAAGCGUGCCAUCAUGGAGCUGCAAAAGGAAGGUGCUGCGCUAGAACGUGAGCAGUGGUUGGCUGAGGCGGAGAAGUGUGAUAGCGAGGGUGAUGUCGUGACUGCACAGGCCAUUGUCAACCAAACCCUGGGUCAAGGCCUCGAGGACGAAGACAGAGAGGCUCAAUGGAUGGAUGAUGCUACUGCGCUGGUUAGUAGAGGACGGUUCGCGACUGCGAGGGCGGUGUAUGCUUAUGCUCUGCGAGUGUACCCUGAAGAAGAUUCAUUGUGGCGUAAGGCUGCUGAGUUGGAAAAGAACCACGGUACACGUGAGGCUAUGGAGGCUAUUCUGGAGAAGGGUGUAGAAGCGUGUCCUCAAGCCGAGGUGUUGUGGUUGAUGUACGCUAAAGAACGAUGGCUUGCUGGCGAUGUCGAUAGUGCACGAAACAUCUUGGUUAGGGCUUUCGAGCAGAAUCCUAAUGAUGAAGAUAUCUGGCUUGCGGCUGUCAAGCUUGAGGCUGAGAAUAUGGAAGUCGAACGAGCAAGGAUCUUGCUGGAACGUGCUCGACGCGAGGCUGGAACGGAACGAGUAUGGAAAAAGAGCGUGGUGUUUGAGCGGCAGGUGGGCAAUGCGGAAGCAGCACUCGAUCUCGUCACUCAAGCGCUGUCCGAGUUUCCCACGUUUGACAAGCUAUGGAUGAUGAAGGGUCAAAUAUACGAGGAUGAAGGCAAAAUACCGCAGGCACGAGAGGCAUACUCUGCUGGGUGUAGGGUUGUACCGAAGAGUGUGCCAUUGUGGAUCCUGCAUGCACGGUUGGAGGAGAAUGCGGGUAUGGUUAUCAAGGCUCGUGCUAUCCUUGACAGAGCGCGGUUGGCUGUGCCCAAAGAUGACAAGUUAUGGUGUGAAAGUGUACGGAUUGAGCUGCGUGCGAACAACGCGCAUCAAGCAAAAGCUCUGAUGGCGAAAGCGUUGCAGGAGUGCCCUGCAUCUGGUUUGCUGUGGACGGAAGCAAUCUCCUUGGAGCCACGGUCUCAGCGGAAGACUCGUUCUGUCGAUGCUUUGCGUAAAUGUGAGGGUGAUCCCGUUCUAAUUACCACCGUGGCUCGUUUGUUCUGGAUGGAGCGGAAGCUCGACAAAGCCCGAACGUGGUUUGAUCGUGCACUCAAAGCUGCAGAAUCUGAUUAUGGAGAUGGGUUCGCGUGGUGGUAUAAGUUCGAAUUGCAGCAUGGCACGGAGGAGCAGCGGCAAGCUGUGAUUACACGGUGUGUCGCUGUUGAGCCUCAUCAUGGCGAGGUUUGGCAGAUGGUUGCCAAGCAACCGAAAAACGCUGGCAAGUCCGUCGAAGAGAUCUUGAAGUUAGUUGCGGAGACAUUAGAAUAGAUCACACUUAGGCAAGGGUUGCGUAGGUCGCAGGAAAUGCUUUCAUUGCCGU